AUGGGAGACAAAAUUACUGGGAUAACCAGCAUAAAAAGUGUUGGAAGUCAUUUGGAUAUAGAAGAUCAUGAGAUUGAUUUAAGAGCCGUCGCAUCGAACGCAGUAUCCCUUGGCGACGUCGGUACCUCCUUAACUAACGAUCAGAAAUGGUUCAUCUUGAAACGUUUACACUUCGACCACUUGGUGUCCUUGGCUGAAUUGCCUGUUCAAGCCUCUUUCAUGAUUGAAAAGGUCGAAGGCUUGAAAAUAGAUGAAGCCGUUCAAAUAUUGAAGGAUGCUGCUGUGGAACAUGAGGAUGAUAUCAAUAUUCCUAGAGCUGAUUUAGACUUGAUCGACGACUUGAUUGCUGGUGCUGCCUCUCACUCGUAUGUUCAUGAAUCAUCUGAUAUAAAGGAGAAAUUAGAUUAUGCUAUUAUUAAGGAUGAGAAGAUCAACACGGACGAGUCCUCGGCGGAACAACCUACCGUCUUCGGGAAUAUAUAUGAUGUCGACUAUCAUCAAAUUGUUGAUUGGGAAUUGCAAGUCAGAUUAGAAGCUGCGUUGAUUGCUUAUCACUCUCCUUAUCCGGAAGUGAGGGCUGUCAUUGAGCCUUAUGAUGAUCCUACUAUUCCCGUUGAGACCGUCAGAGUUUAUAUUGCUGGUAUCAUCUGGACUGCCAUUGGUGCUGUCAUCAACCAAUUCUUUGCUGAAAGACAACCUGGUAUCUCCUUAGGUGCUCCAGUUGUUCAAAUCUUUCUUUAUCCUACUGGUUUGAUCUUGGAACGAAUUUUACCUAAAUGGAAAUUCAAGAUUUGGAAAUAUACCAUCGACUUGAACCCGGGCCCAUGGAAUUACAAAGAACAGUUUUUAGCUACCUUAUUUUACUCAGUGUCUGGUACUACAAGUUAUGUUUCUUCUAAUAUUCAUGUUCAAAAGAUGACGAUGUUUUAUGAUAAUAAAUGGGUCGAUUUCGGUUACGAAGUAUUGUUGAUCUUAUCUAAUAACUUCUUAGGUUUCGGAUUGGCUGGUGUUAUGAGAAAAUUCACUGUGUAUCCAACCAUAGCAGUCUGGCCCACAUUGUUACCAACGAUUGCAUUGAAUAAAGCUUUGAUGCAACCAGAAAAGAGAGAAGUUAUUAAUGGAUGGAAAAUAUCCAGAUAUUAUUUCUUCUUCAUUACUUUUGCAGCCCUGUUUGCUUAUUUCUGGGUUCCUAACUAUUUGUUUCAAGCACUUUCGUACUUUAAUUGGAUGACAUGGAUAGCUCCUGAUAACUUUAACCUUGCUAUGAUUACUGGUUCAAUCUCCGGUUUAGGAUUGAAUCCUUGGCCAUCAUUUGAUUGGAAUGUUAUCGGUUUCAACAAUCCUUUGAUUUUGCCUUUAUACAAUCAAUUGAGCAAUUUUGUAGGAAUCAUGUUGGGUUUUAUUUGCAUUGUUGGUGUCUAUUGGUCGAAUUACAAGUGGACAGCUUUCUUGCCAAUUAAUUCCAAUGGUUUGUAUAAUAAUCAAGGGAAUUCUUUUAAUAUUAAAGCAGUGGUUAAUAGAGAGACUUUAUUUGAUGAAGUUAAAUAUCAGGAGUAUGGCCCUCCUUUUUACAGUGCUGCGAAUAUGGUUACUUAUGGCGCAUUUUUUGCGCUUUAUCCCUUUGCUAUUAUUUACGAAUGCGCAAAUAACUAUAAAACAGUAUGGAAGGCAUUUAAGGGUGUUCUCAGUGAUUUCAGAAGCUUUAGAAAAUCUAAAUCUACAUUCGAAGGUUUUAAUGAUCCACAUACCACUAUGAUGAGAGCUUACAAGGAAGUUCCAGAUUGGGCGUUCUUGGUCAUCUUGGUUAUUUCCUUAGUUUUGGCUAUCAUCUGUGUGGAGAUCUAUCCGGCCGAAACUCCAGUGUGGGGUCUCUUCUUUGCUCUUGGUAUUAAUUUUGUUUUCUUGAUUCCAAUCACUGCUGUCUACUCCAGAACUGGUUUCAGUUUCGGUCUUAAUGUCUUGGUCGAAUUGAUUGUCGGUUAUGCUCUUCCAGGUAAUGGUUUAGCCUUGAACUUCAUCAAGGCCUUCGGUUACAACAUCGAUGGUCAAGCUCAAAACUAUAUUACUGAUCAAAAGAUGGCUCAUUACGUUAAGAUUCCUCCAAGAUCAUUAUUCAGAGUUCAAAUCUUAUCUGUUUUCAUUGCUUCCUUCAUUCAAUUGGGUAUAAUCAAUUUUGUUAUCGGAAACAUUAAGAAUUAUUGUGAUCCUCAUAAUACUCAACACUUCACUUGUCCAGGAGCAAGAACAUUCUAUAGUGCAUCUGUUAUUUGGGGUGUUAUUGGUCCAAAGAGGGUCUUUGAUGGAUUAUAUCCUAUCUUGAAAUGGUGCUUUCUCAUCGGAUUUUUAUUGGUGUUCCCAUGUAUCGCAUUUAAGAGAUAUGGCCCCAAAACCUAUACUAAGUACUUUGAGCCAACUAUCAUUAUUGGUGGUUUCCUUUCCUUUGCUCCUUACAAUAUUAGUUACUUUAUUCAAGGCGUAUACUUUUCAAUUAUAUUUAUGGGAUUAAUCAAGUAUAGAUACCAGGCUUGGUGGAGUAAAUAUAAUUAUAUUUUGAGUGGAGGUUUAAGCGCUGGUAUUGCAUUUUCAGGUAUUAUAAUUUUCUUUGCUGUUCAAUACCAUAACAAGGCAAUUAAUUGGUGGGGAAAUAAAGUUAUGUAUGAAGGUAUUGAUGGAGGAAAUGGAAGGCAAUCUUUGUUAGAUGCAGCCUCUCAGGCUCCCGAUGGAUACUUCGGGCCAAGAAUAGGAAGUUUCCCCUAG